AUGAGCAGGAGUGAAGGCCACACUCGCGGCGGAAGCGGAAAACCGGCCUGUGGUUUAAAGAGCUCGCUGACAUACAGUAUCAUACAGUAUAGUAUCAUACAGUAUAGUAUCAUACAGUAUAGUAUCAAACAGUAUAGUAUCAAACAGUAUAAUAUCAUACAGUAUAGUAUCAAACAGUAUAAUAUCAUACAGUAUAGUAUCGAACAGUAUAGUAUCAAACAGUAUAGUAUCUAACAGUAUAGUAUCAUACAGUAUAAUAUCAUACAGUAUAGUAUCAAACAUAUCAAACAGUAUAAUAUCAUACAGUAUAGUAUCAUACAGUAUAGUAUCAAACAGUAUAAUAUCAUACAGUAUAAUAUCAUACAUAUCAUACAGUAUAGUAUCGAACAUUAUAGUAUCAUACAGUAUAGUAUCAAACAUAUCAUACAGUAUAGUAUCGAACAGUAUAGUAUCAUACAGUAUAGUAUCAUACAGUAUAGUAUCAAACAGUAUAGUAUCAAACAGUAUAAUAUCAUACAGUAUAGUAUUAAACAGUAUAAUAUCAUACAGUAUAGUGUCACACAGUAUAGUAUCAUACAGUAUAGUAUCUAACAGUAUAGUAUCAUACAGUAUAGUAUCUAACAGUAUAGUAUCAUACAGUAUAAUAUCAUACAUAUCAUACAGUAUAAUAUCAUACAUAUCAUACAGUAUAAUAUCAUACAGUAUAAUAUCAUACAGUAUAGUAUCAAACAGUAUAGUAUCAAACAGUAUAAUAUCAUACAGUAUAGUAUCAUACAUAUAAUAUCAUACAGUAUAGUAUCAAAACAGUAUAAUAUCAUACAGUAUAGUAUAGAACAGUAUAGUAUCAUACAGUAUAGUAUCGAACAGUAUAGUAUCAUACAGUAUAAUAUCGAUCAGUAUUAUAUCAUACAGUAUAAUAUCAAACAUAUCGAACAGUAUAGUAUCAAACAGUAUAGUAUCGAACAGUAUUAUAUCAUACAGUAUAAUAUCAUACAGUAUAAUAUCAUACAGUAUAGUAUCGAACAGUAUAGUAUCAUACAUAUAAUAUCAUACAGUAUAGUAUCAAAACAGUAUAAUAUCAUACAGUAUAGUAUCGAACAGUAUAGUAUCAAACAGUAUAAUAUCAUACAGUAUAGUAUCAUACAGUAUAGUAUCAAACAGUAUAAUAUCAUACAGUAUAGUAUCAAACAUAUCAUACAGUAUAGUAUCUAACAGUAUAGUAUCAUACAUAUCGAACAGUAUAGUAUCGAUCAGUAUUAUAUCAUACAGUAUAAUAUCAAACAGUAUAAUAUCAUACAGUAUAGUAUCGAACAGUAUAGUAUCAUACAGUAUAGUAUCAAACAGUAUAGUAUCGAACAGUAUAGUAUCGAUCAGUAUAAUAUCAUACAGUAUAAUAUCUAACAGUAUAAUAUCACUCAGUAUAGUAUCAUACAGUGA